AUGGCAUUCGACCUUGAAGAGGCCAAGACUCACCUGAGAGAACACGGAUGGGCCCGCGUCCCCUCGGUACUCACAAAAGAAGAGGCCGCCAUUGUUCUUGACCGACUAUGGAAGGUCAAGGCAGCUGCUGAGGCCCGUGGAGAAGACACAUAUCUGUCGUUUCUCGACCCUAAUCCCAGCAAUGUGCGCGUAUUUUACUUGCUAGAGCUCGACAAGAUCUUCCGGGAGCUCAUCUCACACACAACUGCCAUCUCUAUGGUCAAAGCGGUGCUGGGUGAGAACUUCCUCAUCAGCAACUUCACCGCCAACAUUGCCAGGCCUGGAUCGCAGAGCAUGGCUCUGCAUUCGGACCAGAGCAUUGUCUUUCCCGACCCGUGGCAGAACGUCUGGGCGCUUAACGUCAUCUGGUGUCUGACAGACGUCAACAAGGAGAACGGCGCGACGCAGUACAUCCCUGGGUCCAACAAGUGGGUGUACCGCAAAGAGGUGCCCGAGAACGCGCCAGACAUGCUGGUGCCCUUUGAGGGUGAAGCUGGCGACAUCAUUGUCAUGGACGGUCGUGUGUGGCACACCUCGGGUAGCAAUGUCACUAAGGAUCAGGACCGCGCCCUGCUGUUUGGCUAUUACACUGCCCCCUUCAUGCGCCAGCAGGUCAACUGGACCGCCAAGCUGCCAAAAGAAGUCCAGGACACUUGCAGCGAGGAGCUCAAGGAGUGGCUCGGCCUCAACCCUGUGGGAAACAUUGGCAUGACGGGCGAUCUGAGAUAUCUGUCGGUGCAAUACCCUGACGAGAAGAAGAAGGUUAGUGAGACAGCUGCGGCCGGUUGA